AUGGCCUUAGCGGGAGGCCCUGACUACUUCCUGUGCCACUCAAACUAUCAGGAGGGCAUGGACCGCAGUUCCUCUCGCAGGCCUGAGGAGCUGAUUGUUCCAGGCUUUCAGCGUUCAGCCCAUCCAAACUUGCCACAUCACCAUGCUUCUCUCACAGAUGACGAUGUGGAUUUGGAGAAGCUCGUCAACGAGAUGAACUCCUCCAUGGAGAGCGUUUACUCAACACAGGCAGACACGGCACUCAUCCUCAACAACGGACACGCGGCCCCCCACCACCAGCACCACCUGAUGCAUGUUCCCUUUGUCAGACACGGCCCAGCUGCACGACGUCACACGCCCCCCUCCAUACCCGCCAGGGAAAGGUUGCGGCACUCUCAGCCAAUGCACAUUCAGGCUGUCAGGUGCCUGCGGGAUGAGCAGCAUCUGCGUCCUGCUUCGCUGCCUGCUAUUCCCAAUCCUUUCCCUGAGCUUUGCAGCCCGACUGGCUCGCCAGUUCUCAGCCCCACCGAGGCCUCUGACCAACACAUAGUGAAGGUGUGGAGCGAGGAUGGGGCCGGGAAAGUGGUGGAGAUCCCGGCGGACAUGACAGCCAGAGACGUGUGCCAGCUCCUGGUCUACAAGAGCCACUGUGUGGACGACAACGCUUGGACGCUGGUGGAGCACCACCCCAUCCUCGGCCUAGAGAGAUGCCUGGAGGACCACGAACUGGUGGUUCAGGUUCAAGCUUCCAUGAGCAGCGACAGUAAAUUCCUCUUCAGGAAGAACUAUGCCAAAUAUGAAUUCUUCAGGAACCCCCUGAACUUUUUUCCAGAGCAGAUGGUGGCUUGGUGUCAGGAGUCUGAUGGCACAAUCCCUCAAUCACAGCUCUUACAGAACUUCCUGAACUCAAGCAGUUGUCCAGAAAUUCAGGGCUAUCUGUACAUGAAGGAACCUGGACGCAAAUCCUGGAAGAAACUCUACAUGUUCUUGCGACGUUCCGGCCUCUACUUCUCCACUAAAGGAACAUCCAAGGAGCCCCGACACCUGCAGCUAUUGUCUGAUCUGGAAGACAGCAACAUCUUCACUAUUAUCACCGGCAGAAAACUACACAACGCUCCCACAGACUACCAGUUCUCAAUCAAGCCCAGUAAAGCAAGAAGUGACUGUAAGGAGCUGAAGAUGUUAUGUGCUGAAGAUGAGCAGAGCAGGACCUGUUGGAUGACUGCCUUCAGACUUCUUAAGUAUGGCCUUGUCCUGUAUAAGAGCUACAGCGUCCCACAACAGAGGAAGACAAAUCUCUCGCAUUUCUCCACGCCUGUGCGGAGCGUGUCAGAGAACUCCCUGGUGGCGAUGGACUUUUCGGGACGGACUGGCCGUGUCAUCGACAACCCCGUAGAGGCACAGAGCGCUGCCCUGGAGGAGGGACAGACAUGGAGGAAACGGAGUCAGCGUAUGAAUGUCCUGGGCAGCCCGUCGCCCUUGCACCCAUCUUCUCUUAGCACAGUCAUCCACAGGACGCAGGUUUGGUUUCACGGUCGCAUCAUGAGAGAAGAAGCCCACAAAAUGAUCAUACAACAAGGCCAAGUAGACGGGUUAUUCCUGUUGCGGGACAGUCAAAGUAACCCUAAGGCCUUUGUGCUCACCAUGUGCCACCACCAGAAGAUCAAGCACUUCCAAAUUCUACCGUGGGAAGAAGAUGGCCAAGUUUUCUUCAGCCUGGACGACGGCGCCACCAAGUUCACCGACCUGAUCCACUUGGUGGAGUUCUACCAGCUCAACAGAGGAGUGCUGCCCUGCAAGCUCAAACACCCGUGCACCGCCGUGGCCUUGUGA